AUGUCUAAAGAAAGCAAAGAAAACGCUAACAGUCCAAUUGAAAAAUUAGCUGGUACCCCAUUAGAAUUCGUCAAGGAAGGUACUCAGUUCAUAAAUAAAUGUAAGAAACCUGACACCAAGGAAUACACAAAGAUCAUCAGAGCUGUCGGUUUAGGUUUUGUUGCUGUUGGUGUCAUUGGUUAUGCUAUCAAGUUGAUCCACAUUCCAAUCAGAUACUUAAUUGUUUAA